AUGAGGCUCAGAAAUGGAACGGUUGCAACUGCUAUCAUUUUCUUCACGUCGUUUCUCAGCCUGUCUUGGUACACAGCCUGGCAGAAUAGCAAAGAGAAGUUGGUAGCGUACCAGAGGGAGUUCCAUGCCCUGAAAGAGCGCCUCCGUGUGGCCGAGCACCGGACCCUGCAGCGCUCCUCAGAGCUCAACAACAUCCUGGAGCAGUUCAGACGGGCCAUCGCUGAGACUAACGGCAGUAAGGACGCUCUCGCCAACUUCUCAGAUGAGACCCAGAAGCUGCUGAAGGAGCUAGCCAGUAGGAAGCCCCUUCAGGUGCCGAACAUCUACCACCACAUGCCUCACCUGCUCAACAAUGAGGGCAGCCUGCAACCCGCUGUCCAGGUGGGCAUGGGCCGCACCGGAGUCUCCAUGGUGAUGGGUAUUCCUACCGUAAAGCGUAAAGUGAAGUCGUACCUGGCCGAGACUCUGCACUCGCUCAUCGACAAGCUCUCACCUGAGGAGAAACUCGACUGUGUCAUCAUCGUCUUCGUUGGAGAGACGGAAACUGAAUACGUCCAAAGCGUGGUUACUGGACUGGAGAAAGAGUUUUCUUCAGAAUUCAGUUCAGGUUUGUUGGAGCUGAUCUCUCCUCCUGCCAGCUACUACCCAGAUCUCAAAGACCUCAAGGAGACCUUCGGAGACUCCAGAGAGCGGGUCAGAUGGCGGACCAAGCAGAAUUUGGACUAUUCCUUCCUCAUGAUGUAUGCUGUGAGCAAAGGAGUCUACUAUGUCCAGUUGGAGGAUGACAUUGUGGCCAAGCCCAACUACUUUGCCACCAUGAAGAACUUUGCCCUGCAGCUCUCCUCCGAGGACUGGAUGAUCCUCGAGUUCUCCCAGCUUGGCUUUAUCGGUAAGAUGUUCCAGGCUCCAGAUCUCAAUCUGAUCGUAGAGUUUAUCUUCAUGUUCUAUAAGGAGAAGCCCAUUGAUUGGCUACUGGACCACAUCCUCUGGGUCAAAGUGUGUAACCCGGAGAAAGACGCAAAGCACUGUGAGAGGCAGAAGUCAAGUCUGCGUGUGCGGUUCAGGCCCUCCCUCUUUCAACAUGUGGGGUUGCACUCCUCUCUGGCUGGAAAGAUACAGAAACUCACUGAUAAGGACUUCCUGAAACCCCUGCUCCAUAAAAUCCACGUGAACCCGCCUGCUGAGGUGUCCACAUCUCUCAAGGUGUACCAGGGCCACACGUUGGAGAAGACCUACCUAGGAGAAGACUUCUUCUGGGCCAUCAACCCUACUGCUGGAGACUACGUCCUCUUCAAGUUCGACAGGCCCGUCAGCAUAGAGAGGUUCCUGUUCCGCAGUGGGAACCAGGAACACCCUGGGGACAGGAUAGAAAACACCACCGUAGAGAUACUGCCCUUCUCGGAAACUGGACCAAAGACCAAAGAGAAGUACAAGCACACUGAAGACCGCUACUACAGAAUCGGUCAGUUUGAGAAGGGUGUGGCGGAGGGGGCUGUAGACACCUCCUUCAACCCAGUGGUGGCGCUGCGUCUCUCUGUUGUCAAAGACUCAGCUGUCUGGGCCAUCCUCAGUGAGAUCCACAUAAAAAAGCUACCAGGCUGACAUCAGGCGGGGGGCCACAAUCCAGGCCCCCGGCCCCGGGUUGCUCGCAGACGCACCUAAAAUGUACUGACCAGAGGCCCUCUGGCACCUAGCAACCAGCAGAGACGUCCUCAGGCCGCACCAGAGCCACUCCUCUCAGGGCUUCUGUCUGAGGACGCUCUCAUUCAAUCGCUUUAUCUCUCUCUGCUUCUCCUUUCUUCCCUCUCUUUUACCCCUCCAUCUCUUCCUCUUUCUCUCCCACUCUCUCUAUCACUUGCUCUCUAUCUUUUUGCGUGAAUGUGAAUGCUACUGUACAAAAGAGACAGAUAUAAAAUAUCAGAAGGAAUUGGGUGUAUCCUGCAGAAUUCCGUUCCCAACUCUGACUGUCGAGGUAACUGUGUGUUACACAGAGGGCUUGUGACUUGGAGAGACUGACCUGAGGGGCUGAUGUCACCCAGACACUGGUGCAAAGUAGAUGCUCACUACUCCAUGUGCUCUCUACCAUCCCCAUCUCUGGUCUGGUCAGCUGGGGUAUUGCACUGUCACUGGAGCCAUAGUGGAGCCCCCUGCUGGUGACUGAAGAAUGUAUAUCAGCCUCACGGACCUGUUGCUUUUUGUUGUUUUCCACAGGGUUGUGUGUUCUAGCGAAACAGCAAGUAAUAGACAAGUAAGUUGUCAGUCAUCUUAUGGUGGUGGAUAACUGCCUUUGUUCCUUUCUCCUCAGCUCUUCUUCUGAAGGGGAUUACAAUGACUAUGGCAAACGAAGCAGAAAACAAAAUGUGGUUCCCCAUCUUUAAAGUGACAGGUCUGUCAAACUAUAUCUUGAUGAAGAAUGCUCUGGGUAAAAGUAACCCGUAGGCGCAGAUCUAGGGUCAGCUUACCUUGCCCAGGUCCCAGUCCCAACCUUAACCAUUCUAUGGCAAAAACCUGAAACCUACAGUAUAUAUGAUCUGUGUCUGGGACAGUUUCAUCCUAUUCAUUAUUAAAUGAAGAAUCUUGGUGACUGAAGGAAACCAUAUCUAUUGUCAGGCUGAAAGACCUCCAGUGUCCUUUUAGUGGUAAACCAAUCAGACUUUGGCCUUGACUUUGCUUACCUGAAGGGAUAUAUUGCUAUAUUGAUACUAAUAUUAUUAUUACUAUGACGAUGAUCUAUGAAGGUGAAUUAAUUUAUUUGAAAUAAAUCCUUAAUUUGUACAAGAGGUUAAAAGUCAAAACGUCUGUGAAGAGUUUAUAUUACGGUAGUUGAUAUGUGCGUGCAUGCGCUCUUUUUGUUCCGAAAAGGAAUAAUUGUUUUCAGUGCUGCUUUGUGUUUCAUGUUCUCUUGUCUGCUGGUUGGUUCAGAUAGAGGUUGACUCCAAACAGUCUGUUUUUGGAUGACCUUUCCCAGACAGUCAAAGUUAAAAUGAUAAAUGAGAGAUGUCAGAACAGUCCUUAAAGCUAGAACCCUUAAUUGAAACAUUAACGACGUGGACACCCCGCCUCUGUUUUGGUAAAAAAAAAAAAAAGAAGCUGAGAUUGGCCUGGAGAAAUGUAACCACUCUCAA